AUGGCGCAGUCGCACCGUCGUGUGGUGCUGAUCGCUGUUCUCGCAGCGGCGGUGCUGCUGUUGACGCUUGCCGCCCCCGUGGCGCGUGCCAGGGUGGCGAGCCCAUGGGAUGCGGUCGAGGACGACGGCCUUACGGAGAGAGAGUAUGAUGCUGCAGAUACACCUUUUUUUAUAAGUGAGGCAGAGAGGUCGAACACGCUGAAGGUGAUGCAGGCGUUUGCUGCGGCGAUGCCCUCGCUGGGGUGGAGCGGAACCGACUUCUGCAAGUGGGCUGGCGUGAGGUGCUUCGAUACGAAUGUGAGCUUUAUCGCCACUCGUAGCUUGGCUAUCGGCACGCUGCCUGAGAUGCCUGAUGACGUGGACUACUCGAUGGUGAAGCUUGAUGAUCAACCUCUUGAUCAGAACACCGGUAUCACUGGAACCCUGCCGAGCAGCUGGGGCAAGCUGCAUAAGGUGAGGACUCUCAACCUUGGGUACACGAGCAUCAGCAGCACGCUACCCGCGUCGUGGAGCUCGAUGAGCUCGCUGAGGUUCUUGACCCUGAGCUCCACGGAUUUAUUCGGCACGCUGCCGGCUGCCUGGAGCUCAAUGCCGGCCAUUGAGCAAAUCGUCAUCUCCAGGACUCAGAUCACCGGCACUCUUCCUGAGGAGUGGAGCGCUAUGCGGAGCGUUCGGAGGAUACACUUUCAACAGUGCAACCUGUACGGCUCCUUCCCCGCAUCCUGGGCACGGAUGCCGUCGCUCGAGCGCUUGGGCCUUCAGAGGAACAACUUCUGCGGCUGUGUGCCGGACUCGUGGCUGGCGUCACCAACGCUAUGGGUGGGCGUGGAUGCCAAGCAUCGUAUGGCUGACUGUGCGACUGCCCACGCCUGCGUUGAGACCACAACACCCGAGCCCGUCCCGAGCAACUCCGGGUCCACCGGCGACGCGUCCGGGCCAUCCGGCUCGAGCACCGCCACGACUGCGGAGCCGACCCCGAGCAGCUCCGGGUCCACCGGCGGCGCCUCCGGGCCGUCCAGCUCGAGCACCGCCACGACUGCGGAGCCGACUCCGAGCAGCUCCGGGUCCACCGGCGACGCGUCCGGGCCGUCCAGCUCGAGCACCGCCACGACUGCGGAGCCGACUCCGAGCAGCUCCGGGUCCACCGGCGACGCGUCCGGGCCGUCCGGCUCGAGCACCGCCACGACUGCGGAGCCGACUCCGAGCAGCUCCGGGUCCACCGGCGGCGCCUCCGGGCCGUCCAGCUCGAGCACCGCCACGACUGCGGAGCCGACUCCGAGCAGCUCCGGGUCCACCGGCGGCGCCUCCGGGCCGUCCGGCUCGAGCACCGCCACGACUGCGGAGCCGACUCCGAGCACGACGACUACAACUUCCCCCACGCCGUGCCCGACCCCGUGUCGCGUUCCAAACUGCAUGACGUGCGCUCCCGGCAACGCGAUGCGGUGCAGCGUGUGCUUUCCCGGAUACGUGGUGACGGCUGGCGGGCGGUGCAUGAGGCGCGCUGGUGAGGAUGCUGCUGUGUUUCCUGUGGGGACUGCUGCUGUCGCUGCUGUCUGCGCGACGGUGGUGGUGAUGGGCGCGGUGCUUGCGUAG